CUUUUUGGCAGCUGAGUUGAGAGAGAAUAGACAAGCUGCACCUUGCUUGUGUUUCAGGAAAUUAAAUUCCUUCGUUACUAUCAUUUUAUCUUCAUCGCUAUUUCACUUCCAUUAAAAUUUCGACAAAACUAAUCCUGCUUUCAAACAUUCUGGUUACCGUAAUCUAGGGUUUUUAGUAAACUAAAUUUCUAGGGUUUAGUUUAAUCUAAGCAUGGCACCGGAUCCAAACAGCGCCAGCGGCAGCGGAACAAGAGAUGAGACUUCCGUCAAGGUCCCGGCCAAGGAUCCAAAGAAGAAGGACGAGAAGAAGGACGAGGAUCUGUCGGAGGAGGAUUUGGCUCUGAAGCAGCAGCUGGAGUUGUAUGUAGAAAGGGUUCAGGAUCCUGAUCCCGGGUUGCAGAAGGUAGCCCUUGAGAGUAUGAGGCAGGAAAUUCGAACCUCAACUAGCUCCAUGACUUCAGUUCCAAAGCCAUUGAAGUUUCUUCGUCCACAUUAUGGAACUCUAAAAGCAUACUACGAAACAAUGGGGGAUUCAGACCUGAAGAAAUACCUGGCAGAUAUACUUUCUGUUUUGGCCCUGACCAUGUCUGCUGAGGGAGAACGGGAGAGCUUAAAGUACAGAUUGUUGGGUUCAGAAGGUGAUAUUGGUUCAUGGGGCCAUGAAUAUGUCAGGAACUUGGCCGGAGAAAUUGCACAAGAGUAUACAAAGCGACAGAGUGAUGAGGCACCAAUUGAUGAUUUAAUGGAACUUGUACAAGAAAUUGUUGCUUUUCACAUGAAGCACAAUGCUGAACCUGAGGCUGUCGAUCUGUUGAUGGAGGUUGAAGACCUUGAUCUGUUGGUUGAGCAUGUGGACUCUACAAAUUUCAAGAGGACUUGUCUAUACCUCACCAGUGCAGCAAGAUACCUACCUGGACCAGAUGACAUGUUAGUUCUGGAUAUUGCAUACAUGAUCUAUCUGAAAUUUGAGGAAUAUCCGAAUGCACUUCAGAUCGCGCUGUUCCUUGAUAACCUGCAGUAUGUGAAGCAGAUCUUUACAUCAUGCGACGAUCUGCUGCGGAAGAAGCAAUUUUGUUACAUCCUUGCUCGUCAUGGUGUCUCAUUUGAGCUUGAUGAUGAUAUGGUUGCCGAUGACGAUGAUCGAUAUGUACUGCAGGAUAUUAUCAACAACAUCAGAUUUAGUGAAGGCUAUCUCACCCUUGCACGUGAUAUUGAGGUUAUGGAGCCCAAAUCUCCUGAAGAUAUUUACAAGGCACACUUGCUUGAUGGCAGGGCUAGUGCUGGUGCAAGUGUUGAUUCAGCCAGGCAGAACUUGGCUGCGACAUUUGUGAAUGCAUUUGUAAAUGCGGGCUUUGGUCAGGAUAAAUUAAUGACUGUCCCAUCAGAUGCUUCAAGUGGUGCAUCAGCAAACUGGCUUUUUAAAAAUAAGGAGCAUGGGAAGAUGAGUGCUGCAGCAAGUCUGGGCAUGAUUUUACUGUGGGAUGUCGAUUCUGGGCUUGCCCAAAUUGAUAAGUAUUUCCACAGCACUGACAAUCAUGUAAUUGCUGGAGCAUUGCUGGGGGUUGGCAUUAUCAACUGUGGUGUUAGAAAUGAUUGUGAUCCUGCAUUGGCACUUUUAGACGACUAUGUUAACAAAGAAGAUCCAUCAGUCCGAAUCGGUGCAAUAAUGGGCCUGGGAAUUGCAUAUGCUGGUACUCAGAAUGAUCAGAUAAGGAGUAAGCUAACUGCCAUACUUAAUGAUGCAAAAGCGCCCCUUGAUGUGAUUGCUUUCAGUGCCAUCUCUUUGGGUUUGAUAUAUGUGGGUUCCUGUAAUGAAGAGGUCGCUCAGGCUAUUAUAUUUGCUUUGAUGGACCGAAGUGAAUCAGAAUUAGGGGAACCCCUCACUCGGUUUUUACCUCUUGGUCUCGGUCUUCUUUACCUGGGGAAGCAGGAAAGUGUGGAGGCAACAGCUGAAGUCUCAAAGACAUUCAAUGAUAAGAUAAGAAAGUAUUGUGAUAUGACACUUCUUUCUUGUGCCUAUGCUGGAACUGGAAAUGUCCUCAAGGUUCAAAACCUUCUGGGUCAUUGUGCCCAACAUCUUGAGAAGGGUGAAACCCACCAGGGACCUGCUGUUCUUGGAAUAGCUAUGGUAGCUAUGGCUGAAGAAUUGGGUGUUGAGAUGGCAAUUCGAUCAUUGGAGCACCUUUUGCAGUAUGGAGAGCAGAAUAUUCGUCGGGCAGUUCCAUUGGCACUUGGUCUCCUCUGUAUAUCAAACCCAAAGGUUAAUGUUAUGGACACCUUGAGCAGGCUCAGCCACGACACUGAUUCAGAAGUAGCAAUGGCAGCAGUUAUCUCCUUAGGUUUGAUUGGUGCAGGAACCAACAAUGCUCGAAUAGCUGGCAUGCUUCGCAAUCUCUCAAGCUACUACUACAAAGAUGCCAACCUUCUAUUCUGUGUCCGAAUUGCUCAAGGUCUAGUACAUUUGGGAAAGGGUCUAUUAACUCUCAAUCCGUACCAUUCAGACCGCUUCUUGCUAUCACCGACUUCGUUGGCUGGUAUAGUGAUCAUGCUGUUUGCAUGUCUUGAUAUGAAAGCGAUCAUUGUGGGGAAAUAUCAUUAUGUUCUAUACUUCCUUGCUUUGGCAAUGCAGCCAAGAAUGUUAAUGACUGUGGAUGAGCAUCUCAAACCUUUAUCUGUACCUGUCCGGGUGGGACAAGCAGUCGAUGUUGUUGGCCAGGCUGGUCGACCCAAGACCAUCACUGGUUUCCAGACCCACUCAACACCUGUGCUUCUUGCUGCUGGUGAUAGAGCGGAGUUGGCUACUGAAAAAUAUAUCCCCCUUUCGCCAAUUCUUGAGGGCUAUGUCAUCUUAAAAGAAAACCCAGAAUAUAGAGAGGAACACUAAUUUUGUUAUCCAAGUGGAAGUGGAGCUCAUUUAUUUAGGUGCCUGCAGCAACCUUGCCUAUUGGUUUCAAGUUCAUACUCAUAGAAAGUUCACUUGGAACUUAGAAGAAACUUUGGGUGAACUUUGGAUUUA